AAGAUUGCAGUGGAACUUGGCCGAGAUCAUGGUCUCGGUACUUCAUCAUCGAGUUCAAAACCCGCGGUCAGCAGGAUCCGGCACCGAUUCGAAUGCGCUGUCUAGGUUCAUCCGCAACAGGUCCGGGGACAGACAGCCCUCCACCUCGACCUGGCCAGAAUGACGACGAUGACGAAUGACCGUGUCCUUCGCUGUCCGUGGCCUACAUAAGAGGCCAACCCGUCCCCCUUCACCGAGUAUUCGAUAUCACUUCAUCACUACUCAUUCACGUUAUGUCUAUCACCGACGUUCCCAGUGCUCCGCGAUGGAUUGAGGUCCUUUCCUCCAUCCAGAGGAAACCAGAGAACAUCGACCAGAACAUCUACCAGAUCGCCACUGUCGACGCCGAGGGCGCACCGCAUGUCCGCUCGCACAUGCACCGGGGUAUCCUCUACCCAAUCGACAGCCCCGACCGCCCAGUGAUCCUCACAUCCACGGACGUGCGCACGCCAAAGGUGACGCAGAUGCUGCACAACAUGCGCACCGAGCUCGUCUGGCACUUUAACGGCACUCAGGAGCAGCUCCGUAUCGCGGGCUUCGCGCACAUCGUCCCGACCCCCUCGAACCCAACUUUCGACUCCUUCGAGCCCUCGACCUACCUCGACCUCUCGAAAUUCGAGAAGCAGGGCUUCGACUGGGAGAAAAAGAGGAAGGAGGUGUGGAGCGAGAUGAGCCCGCAGUUCAGGGCGAUGUGGUGCACGCCUGACCCGGGCACACACCUCUCCUCUUUCGACGAGGCAAAGACGUGGCCCACGUCUGUGCCCAACUUGGGCGAGGCAAAGACAGCAGCAGAGAAGAAGGUGCAGGAGAUGUCUCUGAGCAAUUUCGCGCUCGUCAUCAUUGAGCCGGUGGAGGUCGAUUGGGUGACGAGCAGUGUCUUCCCGAACAGGAGGAUCAAGUGGACGCGCCAGGGCUCCAGCGGGAACUGGAAGGAGGAAAUUCUUGUACCGUAAAAAGCGGAAGAAACCCCUGUACUUGUAGCAUUUAACUUGUACAACAGUGUAAACUGUACCUUCUUCAGUGCAAUUGUAUUCUC